AUGCUAGCGUCGAUCACGCCGUUUGUUUCUUUGAGUGCAUUUGUCCUUCUCCUUCUGCUCACUGCCGAGGCAACUAACCUAUAUGGUGUCGCCGACGCCAAUGGAUCCGCUACUUUUGGUGUAUGGGGAUAUUGUGUUUCCGCAAUUGAUGUCUCUAUUGCAGCGAUAAGUCAAACCAGUGUAUCAGCUGAGUGCACCGACCCCAAACUAGGUUACACUUUCAAUAGCACUAUCGCAGAGGCCUUGAAUGUAGAGCAAUAUGCCGAUCUCAUCAAUAAGGGCUCUGCGGCUGCCUUGGUACUGCAUCCUAUCGUCGCCGCCAUCCUCACUACCAUCGCUUUCCUGAUUGACGUCAUUGUGGUCGCAAUCAUUAGGCACCGUGUGAACGACGAAACUGAUGGGCAACUUCAAUUAACCUGGGGCAACGCGGGUGUGGAUGGUCUUGGGCGCGACCGUCGCGCUAUGGCUUGGAAUUGUCGGUUCAUGCUGUGGCAUAUGUGCCUGCGGAAGACACCGCGUAACACACAUAAGGGCGGAAGUCUCAUACAGGUCAACAAACGCCCCUUUAUAUAA